AUGCGCAUGUUUCUGUGAACGAGGAGGACAGCACGAGAGGCGCAAAUCAGCACCGAGCUGCUGACUGACGAUGAUAUUAUAAACAUGUGACCGCUGUGUGCUCGCUCACUUACUGCUACACCUGCCCGGAUUAUACCCAGCGGAGGUCCGUGAUACUGCUGAGACACGAGGAUGGACGCGGAGCAAGGUGCUCAGAUAGAGCCGCUGCUGCCCACGGCAGAUUCUUCCUUUGGAUCACCACUUGGCUGCAGAAGUUUGAGGAAUGAUGAUGAGGCUGUGGUGGACCGAGGAGGAACACGGUCCCAACAGGGAACCAACUUUGAGCAGGAGGAUCUUGAAGGCCACAGGACUCUCUACAUCGGGGUCCAUGUCCCCUUGGGCAGCACCAGGCACCGCAGCCAUCGCAGGCACCAUCACCAUGGAAACAAACACAGGAAAAGGAUCAGGGACCGGGCCCCCACCUUGGUGGAGGGAAGAGAGUCUCCUGUUUAUGACACUCCCUCUCAGAGAGUGCAGUUCCUGCUGGGCGCUGAGGAUGACGAUGAGGAGCACAUUCCUCAUGACCUCUUCACAGAGAUGGAUGAAAUCUGUGUGAGGGACGGAGAGGAUGCCGAGUGGAGGGAGAGUGCCAGGUGGCUGAAGUUUGAGGAGGAUGUGGAGGACGGAGGAGAGCGAUGGAGUAAACCCUAUGUAGCCACUCUGUCUUUGCACAGCCUGUUUGAGCUGCGAAGCUGCAUUAUCAACAGCACCGUGCUGCUCGACAUGAGGGCUAAUAGCAUUGAAGAGGUUGCAGACAUGGUCUUGGACCACCAGGAGUUGUACUCACCACUGGGAGAUGAGCUCAGAAAGAAAGUGCAUGAAACACUUCUGAAGCAGCACCAUCACCAGAACCAGAAGAAGCUGGCUAACCGCCUGCCGAUUGUACGCUCCAUCGCUGACAUGGGUCGACGGUCCUCGGAGCUCCACCUGGACAAGAAUGGUCAGAUGUCGGCCUCCCAGUCUCACUUAGCAGCUCCAGACGGGAAAGGGGACGUCACUAGAGAGAACAGUUCUGUGGACUUCAGCAAGAUAGACCUACAUUUUAUGAAGAAGAUCCCGCCAGGGGCCGAGGCGUGUAACGUGUUAGUGGGAGAGCUGGAAUUUCUGAACAAGCCGGUGGCGGCGUUUGUCCGCCUUUCCCCGGCAGUCAUGCUGAACGGGCUGGCUGAAGUCCCCAUCGCCACAAGGUUUCUGUUUAUUCUCUUAGGGCCCCUGGGCAGAGGGCCUCAGUAUCAUGAGAUUGGAAGGUCCAUUGCAACACUUAUGACAGACGAGGUUUUCCAUGAUGUUGCCUAUAAAGCUAAAGACCGCAAUGAUCUGAUCGCUGGGAUCGAUGAAUUCCUUGAUCAAGUGACAGUCCUGCCUCCAGGAGAGUGGGACCCAUCUAUACGGAUAGAGCCACCAAAAAAUGUUCCUUCUCAGGAGAAGAGGAAGAAAAAUAGCAGUUUACCAAACGGAUUAGUAGAGGGCGAGGAGGAAGAGGAGGAAGGUGGCCAUGGGGGUCCUGAACUGCAGCGUACUGGAAGGUGGUUCGGUGGUCUGUUUCUCGACAUCAAGCGCAAGGCCCCCCACUACCUGUCCGACUACACUGAUGCUUUCAGCUUACAGUGUGUGGCCUCUUUCCUCUUCCUCUACUGUGCCUGCAUGUCCCCUGUCAUCACCUUCGGAGGACUACUGGGCGAGGCAACAGAAGGACGCAUAAGUGCAAUUGAGUCGUUGUUCGGAGCCUCGCUGACUGGAAUAGCCUAUUCGCUGUUUGCAGGGCAGCCGCUCACCAUCCUGGGCAGCACGGGGCCGGUGCUAGUCUUUGAAAAGAUAUUGUUCAAAUUCUGCAAGGAGUACGGCUUGUCCUAUCUGUCGCUGAGAGCCUGCAUUGGUCUGUGGACGGCUUUCCUCUGUCUCGUGCUGGUGGCUACAGAUGCCAGUUCCCUUGUUUGUUACAUCACACGCUUCACAGAGGAAGCCUUCGCCUCACUCAUCUGCAUCAUCUUCAUCUACGAGGCCUUGGAGAAGCUCAUCCACCUGGGAGAACACUUCCCCUUCAACAAGAACAACAACCUGGACAAACUCACCAUGUACUCAUGUUCAUGCGUUGAGCCUUCUGACCCCUCCAAUGCCACCCUGAAGUAUUGGGAGAUCACCAACGUCACUGCUUCAGAAAUCUACUGGGAAGCACUGGAGACAAAGGACUGUAUUGAAAAGCGCGGGGAGUUUGUCGGCAGUGCCUGUGGCCCUCACGGCCCCUACGUCCCCGACGUCCUCUUCUGGUGUGUCGUUCUUUUCUUUUCCACAGUCUUCAUGUCCGCCUUCCUCAAGGAGUUCAAGUUCAGCAAUUACUUUCCCACAAAGGUGAGAUCCAUCAUCAGUGACUUUGCUGUUUUCUUCGCCAUCCUUACCAUGGUCCUAAUUGACUACGCCUUAGGCAUCCCCUCUCCAAAACUUAAAGUUCCCAGUGUGUUUAAGCCAACCAGAGACGAUCGAGGUUGGUUCAUUAACCCACUGGGGCCUAACCCCUGGUGGACCGCUGUUAUUACAGUGGUCCCAGCUCUGCUUUGUACUAUCCUAAUCUUCAUGGACCAGCAGAUCACAGCUGUCAUCAUCAACAGGAAGGAGCACAAGCUCAAGAAAGGCUGCGGGUACCAUCUGGAUCUGUUCAUGGUGGGGGUGAUGCUCGGUGUGUGCUCUCUGAUGGGCUUGCCCUGGUUCGUAGCAGCCACCGUCCUCUCCAUCACCCACGUCAACAGCCUGAAGCUGGAGUCAGAGUGCUCGGCUCCCGGGGAGCAGCCCAAGUUCCUCGGCAUCAGAGAGCAGCGCUUCACCGGCCUCAUGAUCUUCGUUCUCAUGGGCAGCUCCGUCUUCAUGACAUCUGUGCUGAAGUACAUUCCUAUGCCCGUGUUAUAUGGAGUAUUUCUUUACAUGGGAGCAUCGUCUCUCAGAGGCAUUCAGUUCUUUGACCGUCUCACACUGUUCGGCAUGCCAGCCAAGCACCAGCCAGACUUCAUCUAUCUACGGCACGUACCCCUGAGGAAGGUGCACCUCUUCACCAUCAUCCAGCUCACCUGCUUGGUUAUGCUCUGGGUCAUCAAGACCUCCAAGGCUGCCAUUGUCUUUCCCAUGAUGGUGUUGGCUCUGGUGUUUAUCAGGAAGCUAAUGGACUGCUUCUUCACCAAGAGAGAGUUGAGCUGGCUGGAUGACCUCAUGCCAGAGAGCAAGAAGAAGAAGCUCGAGGAUGCCGAGGAGGAGGAGGAGGAGGAGCAGAGUAUACUGGCGGAAGAAGAGGGAGCUGUGCAAGUGCCAUUAGAAGGGUACAAAGGAAUACCCAUCAUCAAUAUCACUGAUGAAAUGUCCAAAGGUUCUUUUGGAAAUACUUGGGUUGCCAAUGGCUAAAGACAUCUGACCAAGAACCAAGACCUCAAAGCAUUGUGUUCACUACAACCUUCACAGUAUUUCACAUGAAGAGUCUUCGUCACUGUCCCUUCUGUGUGCCCGUAAACUAAUCUGUAUUAUAUGCUGCAGUUAAUCGGUAUUUUAAUGUUGAGUCUUGUAAAUCUACGUGUGUCCUCUAAGUGACUAACUGUGUUAUCUGAUGUGUCGCCAAUAUUCUGCCUCUUCGUGAACCAAUGGACCUACUAUUUUCUUGUGUUGUUAAUGUUAAACUGUACUUUGUAAAUCUAGAUACUGUAUUGCUAUGUGAAAGUUUUGUCUUGCCAACGGACUGUUUUCAAGUUUUUGUUAUUGAACCAAUUUGUAUUUAUUUUGUUAUAUACUUUGUAUUUUGAAAUGUCAUCACAUCAACAUAUCCUGAUAUUCUUUAUCUAUUUAUAUACCGAUUCCUGAUUAUUCUUUCUCUGUAGACAUUGAAUAUUAUGUGAAACUAAAUAUAGAGGUCUAGUAAAUAUUAUAAGGUCAUUCUUUGCCAUAAUCAUAUAAGAGCAUUUUGGAAAGCCAUACAUAAAUGUGUACAUAUUCCUGUAACAUGAAAAGCCUGCAAAAUACACAUUUAUUAUGUCCGUUAAUGAGAUGGGACCGUGUUAAAUCCCAUGUAAUAAUUGUGUCUGAUGGGAAUGAAUACUCUAUUCUAUUUGAUAAAGGGCAAUAUACUCUGAAAAACCAAAUGCAAUAGCACUUUCUGCCAGAAUGUCAAUUAUCUCUUUAUAUGAGAAAUAUUUAUCUAUGCUUAUUUUGUGGAAUAAAAUUAAUAUGUUUGCUACAGAAUACUUGUAUUUUAACUAAGACUUGCAGUAUUAUGCCUCCUGGUGUCAGUGUAUUGCUUAUAUCAUAAAUGUAAAUGUAAAUUUGUUUUAAUGUUUGUUAAAAGUUUAGUGAGUCAUGAAUUUAAAAGCUUUAUGAUAAAGGCAUUAUAGCCAGUUCUGUUACACACAUGAGGAUUACAAUGAAGCUGAAAUAGAAAUGUUUGAAAAUAUCUAGAGAUGGGCUUAUUUUUUAAAAAUACUGAAGAAACAGUUUUAUUAUGCAUCUCUUGUCUAUGUUAUUUUAUCUUAAUAAAUUUCUAUGAGCACUCCAAUAA